UUCUGUUCGACCUUAAAUCAAAAGCAAAACAUGUCAGAUGAUCAACCAAAAUGUCCUGUUGACCCUAAAACGAGAGAAAUAUGGAUCCAGAAAUCGAAAGAGUCGCAGCUUGCUCAGAAAAAAAAGAUAGAUGGACAUCUCACAAAUGAAAGUGUUUUACAGCAGCACACUAGUAAUGCAGCCAGUGCAUGGGGCUGGAGAAACCUUCUUUGGGCCUCAUCUCUGCCUAGUAAUAUACAGCAAGACGGCUCGUUAGAUGCAGGUUGCCCUGUUCCGCAUGCAGCUAACGCAACUAUACCUUUGGAUCACCCUAAUGUGCCAGGUAUGCCUCUUACGAUAACCAGGACAGCACCGGAAGCUGUUGAAUGCUCAUCGGAAGAGUUGGAUCAGUCUCCAUUGACACCUGCGAGUGCAGUUGCGGGAAGCGGGUCUCUGUCGAAGGACCGUGUCAUAUCAUCGAUACCUAGAACCAACGCCGAGUCCAAUUGGGUUUAUCCUUCAGAAAAGCAGUUUUUCAAUGCCAUGUUAAGAAAGAACUGGUCCCCAGAAGAACAGGAUAUGAAAACCGUUGUUCCUUUACACAAUAUGGUGAAUGAGGUUGCUUGGGCCUAUGUUCUUAACUGGGAAAGGGGACAAGGUGGCGAAACAUGUGGUGGAAUCAAAUUGUCGUCCUUCAAGGGAGACGCAAAGAAAAUUACGCCGAGAGCUGCAAUAGGACACUAUAUAUUUGGCCGGGAUUUGCCUUUCGAUAGACAUGACUGGGUGAUAAAUCGUUGUGGGAAGGAGAUUGAGUAUGUGAUUGAUUUUUACACCACACCUGUGAUGGAGGGCGAAGAGCCAAAAUUCUUUUUGGAUGUCCGUCCAAAACUAAACAGUAUGGAAGGAGUAAAAAUGCGUAUCUGCCGUGCCUUUGGCCUCUGAUCAAAUCACAAUAGUGCUUUCAGGCAUAGUUGCCAUGAAAUGUUUAUACUGGAACAAAGAGCUAUAUUCAGGAAUACUAUGGAUCCAAGGGCGUGUGAAUAGAAAACUAUCUUCACACGAGAUAUAUAUAUAUGUGUAAAUAGAUAUAAAUGAACAGAUCUUCUCUAAUGAUAAAAAAUUUGUUAUUUCAAUCAACUCUGGACAUGAGGAAGCUUAUUUCUUUGCAAGAACACCAGACUUACCCACAGUUUGCAUCGACUCACUGACCUUGACAUUGGCAGCAAAAUACUUAGAGACACAUCUGUCCACACACAAGGAUUCAGUUUGGGUCAAGUCUUCAGAAGUGUAGUUCUUGUCAAAACACUUUCUGUAACAGGAGUCUAAAAGCUGGUUGAACAUGGUUGUGAUCAUGUCCAACUCAGCUUCAGCAGCUGCAAUCUUUUGUUCAGUGGAAAUUUG